AUGGUGCCGCCUGUGGAAACGCCAGUUGGAAAGCUGGGACUUUCGAUUUGCUACGACUUGAGAUUCCCAGAAUUGUCAAUAUGGAACCGAAAAAAAGGAGCUCAAAUCCUCUCUUUUCCGUCGGCCUUCACUGUCAACACCGGUCUCGCACAUUGGGAGGUCCUCUUUCUUGGAUACACCCUGAAAGUCGAAGACUACAGACUUUGCUGCGAACGCGCGCCAUCGAGAAUCAGUGCUACGUCGUGGCUGCCGCUCAGACUGGAAAACACAACGAGAAGCGCGUUUCGUACGGCCACGCGAUGGUCGUCGAUCCCUGGGGCGCAGUCGUCGCUCAGUGCUCCGAAAGAGUCGGUGCGUAGUCAUUUUAAAGUUUUUGAAAUAAUCUCUUACGAGAAGUUGCUUUUUCUUUAAAGAUAUUUGGUUAGUAUACAGCACCUAGGAAAUUGAGUCAGACUGAACUUCAAAAGGGCCUCACCAUUGGAUUCUGAAUAGGAGCUUGAGAGGAAAACAGUUUAUAAUCGGUCAAACAUCGGCUGUGGUUCAGAGUUUUAGUUUGACACUUAUUUCAAAAACGUAUUAUGAUAAGAGCUUGAGACAAUUUUAGUAGAGUUACAGCUGUUUAAGCUGGAAAUUCAAAGAGCCGAUUUUUUGAAGCUACUGAGGGCUAAUUAUACUAUAGAACCUUGGUUUGGGAUCCCGAAGACUGAAAAAAGAAAGAAUGAAAGAAAAGUCGGAAUGAAAUUCAUACCUAUCAAGAAAAUCUUCGUUUGGUCGACCCAAGAUCAAAUAUUGCUGAAGGCGAAGAAUAUAUUUUUUUUUAAAUUAGUCCGAUUUGAGUUUUCAAAGCAGGAUUUACGACGUGAAACAAAUACAGCUUGAAGCCCUGAGAAUCUCUUUUUUGACGCUCAGCCAACCUUCAGACAUGUGCUUCUGCGAGAUCGACCUCGGUUAUGUCGAAGAAGUUCGGACUCUUCAGCCAGUCUAUUCGCAUCGACGCUCCGAUCUCUACAACGUCAAUGUCAAUGAGGUCGACAAAGGUCUGGAAUUGAAAGUGGAGAAAAAGGAAGAUAUUUUUGUUCCAGAAGAGUUGGAUUUCAAUUUCGCGACGUUCCCAAUCGAUUCAAAGACGAUUUUCUACCGUUCCGCUCAUAGUUUUGCCUUUGUCAAUCUGAAACCGGUGCUCGAUGGACGUAUGUUUUUCAUUUUAUUUAAUAGACUUUUUUCCAAAUUUUGGUAUUCAGAAUAUUUCUUACUUUUUUUAAAUUUCUCACAGUCUUCAAGCUUAAUUUUUUCUGUAAUGGAGAUUUCUCAAUUUACGCAAUAACAAAUCGUCUAAAACUGGCUUACUACAGGUAAUACUUGAAAAAAAAAGAAAAAAAAAUUAUGUUCAAAGCGGGAAAACAUUUGCGAGAAUUAACUCAAAUUUAUGAAUCAUAGUGAAAUUUUUCUGUUGUUUAUUUUUCGUUUUUAUCACCUAACAAUUUUAAAUUCAAAAACUUUUUUCCGCCUAGCCUAGAUAAUUUUUGUUGGGAUUCAUGCUUUUCAAUCAUUAUCAACCUUCCGUAUAUAUAGUUUAGCCAGAAGUUUAAAAAAGCUUUUUAUUGCGUUUCCAUGUCUUUUUCUGUAGAUCUAAGUUUAGACGUGUUAAUUUCUCCAAAACGGGUUGUUGAAAAGCUGACCGAUUUGACCGACGAAGAAACGUCGGACCUCUUCAUCACAGCCAAGAAGGUUCAGGUCAUGCUGGAGAAGGUUUGGAAACAUAAAAAACAAGAGAAAAAAGGCGGAUUUUCAGGUUCAAAAUGUUCAUUCUUCAACGGUUUGCGUGCAAGACGGCGAAGAUUCCGGCCGCACUGUACCCGUAUGUUUGCACUAAAUAAUUAGUAAUUUAAUCUCAAGAAUUGUGAAAAACAAGCUGGCUAAGUCCUGCAUUAACAAUUGGAAUUUCAUGAAAAUUUGCAAGUUAACAAGUUUUUUUCCAGAUAACGCAAAAAAAAGUUUCGAAAAGACUUAUUCGAAACUAGCCGUGUGAUGCCAAUCUUUUAUCGACGUUAUCUUGAUUAAUUUCUGGUUUUUCGAUUUUCUCAAAAAGCUAAAAAAAUAACUUGAGAGGAAUUUAUUUCGAAAUGGAAUGAUGUUGUAGAAAUAAGAAUAACUUUCAGCACGUGCACGUUCAUGUCCUCGCGCGUCGCCCGUCGGACUUUGGCGGAAACACGGACGAUUUGUACAAGAACUUGGCCGAUCACGACAAGUUCGUCGUUUUCGAAGCCGUCCUGUAAAUUGCCUUUCCUUCAGAAACGAUAAAAUCAAGCCGAGAACUCCGGAAGAAAUGGCGGCGGAGGCGAAAAAGUACAGAGAAGCGAUGAGACUCUGA